UCUAAAACACACCUUUACACAUAUUUAAUAAAAUGGGGGAUGAAGGAGAGCCGGAAUUACCUAAUCCUUUGACAGAGGCAAAACAGGGUAGUAGCCGAAUUACUCCAGCUAUUCAGUUCAGUCAAGAAGAACAAACAUAUCAUAAACAUCUUACUCUAGGAAUUGAAGAUAAAUUACAGAAAAAUCGGAUGAUCAAAGACAUAAACCUUACAAUUCGAAAACCAACAGAGAAACCCACGAUUAGUGGAUGGGAAAGGAAACACGGGGUGUUACCCACAGACCUCAAGGAUUAUUACCUCUCUACAAAUGGAUUUAAAUUGACCUGGAGUUUGGAGCAUGCUGGAGACAAUCUUAAAAUUGGUGAAAUGAACAUAAACCCAAUCAACCAACUCGUGGCACUGGAAAGUCUCGACCCCGUCGACGCUGGUGGUGAUGGACGCCGAAUGAGCGGAAACACUACAAACAAAUUUUUUGAUAUCAAAAGAUCCAAUGGAAAAUUAAAGCUAUCUGGAAAUUUUUCACAACUUGAAGUGCCCCACAGAAAGAUUAAUCCAGGAGGAAAUUCUGAAGAAAUUGGGGAUAUAAAUAACAAGUUUUCGAUAUAUUUUUCCGAACUGCGUCAAACAAUGGAGGCCAAUUCUCAAUCCAAAUCGCAGAAAGAGGUUGGAUUGUUUCUUGCUCCGAACGAUAAAGCAUUUAUCCUUGACCAAAGCAAGUAUGGCUGGGUCUGUCUUAUCUACCCAGCCGCUCGUAAUAAAACCAUCCUUCUCCCCCCAAACUCCCCUCGCUCCGUCACAGAGCCUUCACAACAGGUUGAGCCUAACGUUGAAAUUUGGUUUUUGGAUAAUUCUUUGACGUGGCACUAUUUGGCUCCCACUUUCUCCCAUUACUAUCGGAUGCUACUUUUUCACUUGGGGGUACCUCAAUGGCAGUACAGAUUUACUCCUUAUGGCUUAUCUUCUUGGGCAGAACAACUUUUUUGGAUAAUUGUUCCCCACCUUUUGACCCCGCUGAAGCCUUUAAAAAUCAACACAUCUUCAGACUUGUGGUCAUCGGAUGUACCGUCGGAAGCUGCAACUCCCAAUCCAACUCCAAAUGUAUUAUCCAGCGUUAUGUUUAGGCGAAAAAAGAGAGACAAAGUUGAAGGUGUUUGAAUACCAUAAACGAGGACGAGGAUGAGCACUAUGCGUCCACUACCAAAUAGUAGAACCAUCAAAUAAUAUUUAGCAACAAAUAAACGGAACUUUGUACGAA